AUGGUUGGAAUUGAAUUUCAAGUAAUUUUUCAAAAACCACCAGUUUUAUGGGUAAUUAGAAAACAAAAUAGAACAGAUGAAGUUCAUACUAGCCCUAUUGCUACAUAUUACAUUUUGAACAAUAAUAUUUAUCAGGCACCUGAUUUAUAUUCAGUCAUAGGGAGUCGUAUACUGACAAGUUUACAUCAUUUACAUAUUGCCUUUAAUACUGCUCACCAAGAAGUAGAAUUUCAUCCAGCAACAGGGUAUACAUGGAAAGGGGAAGCCGAUUCUAAUUCUGCAUUGCGUAGAAGUAAAAUUCAAGACCCAAAAGAAUUAAUAGAAUUUCAUAGUUCCAUCGAAAGAACUAUUAAUAAUGUUACGAUGAAAAUGCAUCAGCAAUUAUCUCAGGCUAUUAUUCAAACUGAAGAAGAUAAUACAUUAGCUAUUAAUGAAUUAAACGAUUUGUUAAUUAGUGGUACUCCUGGUGAAAUGAGCGAUCAGUCACCUAGCCAGUCUUCAUCACAACCUAUGGUUAUAGAUCAAAUGGGAAAAAGAAGGAAAAAAAGCGAAGAUUCUGGAAAAAAGAAAAAGAAGAAACAAUCUGGUUAA